GUGCAUGUUACUAAUUCUUUAACUGAAUCGGACGAUGUUGAUGAAAAAAUAGUUUACAUGGAAGAUUUAAAAAAAAGAGAAGAAGUAUAUGGGAUAUGUGUUGAAUGUAAUGAGCCUGGAACAGGGAAGGAAUGGUGUCAACCUUGUAAUGCUAAAAGAUUUAAGAAAAAUUUUAAAUAUUGGACUAGUGAAAACAAAGAUAUUGAUGAAUUAAUACAACAAUCACAAAUGAAUGCUGUACAUUCUACAAAGUGUCUUGAAUGGAUAUCCUAUGAAAAUUUUAAAAAUAUUGUUCCUAUUAAUAAAGAAAAUUCCAGUAAAAUUUAUUCAGCUGACUGGCCCAAAGGAAAUAUUUAUUCAUGGAAUAUUGAGAAUAAAGAAUGGAAGCGUUAUUCAAAUAAAAAAGUUGCACUAAAAAGUUUAGCUAAUUCUUCUGAUAUAAGCAUAGACUUAUUAAACGAGGUAAUUAAAAAAUAAGUUAAAUCUCAUAUUCAGAUUUAUACUAAGAAUAUUAUUCAAUUUUAUGGAAUAACACAGGAUCCGAAUACUAAAAAUUAUAUGAUUGUUUUACAAUACUGUAAAGAUGGAAAUUUGAGAAAUUAUAUA